CGCACUCGGCGCUUUUUUAUGACAGCUAUUUUUCCACAUUAACAAGAAAAAAAGCGUGAAUGCACGCCGCAUCCCCUCGUCUUCCUUCCCCCUUAAAUGCUCAUAACCACCACUCCCACAAGCAAUAACACCACACGAUAUUUCUAAGUUCCCCAAACCCUUCAUCCUACCACUAACUACAACCCUCUCGGCGCUCAGAAAGUACGUAGCCAUGGCUGCUUCUGCUGCUCUUGUGCUAAUGGCGGCGGCGUGCAUAGCGGCGCGCGCAGCACAGGGACAACCUCUGGUGCCCGCCGUGAUGAUCUUCGGAGACUCGGUUGUGGACGCCGGAAACAACAACUAUUUGUUCACUAUCGUUAAGUCCAACUUUCCUCCCUAUGGUAGAGACUUCGGUCCCCGCCACGCCCCUACCGGCAGGUUCUGCAACGGCAAACUCGCCACUGACUUUACUGUGGAAAAUUUGGGUUUCAGCUCCUACCCGCCAGCUUACCUCAGCAGAGAAGCAGCUGGGAAGAACCUCCUCACAGGCGCCAACUUUGCUUCGGCCGCCUCUGGGUACUUGGACCGGACUGCAAACCUUUAUCAAGCGAUAAGCUUAACACAGCAGCUAGAGAAUUACAGGGAGUACCAGCGCAAGGUGGAGAAUAUCAUCGGAGGAAGAGCAAAAGCUGCCGGAAUAUUCUCCGGUGCUAUCAACAUCCUCAGUGCCGGGAGCAGCGAUUAUGUACAGAACUACUACAUUAAUCCCCUCAUCAAUGAAGCAUACUCGCCCGACCAGUUUGGCGAUAUACUCAUCCGAUCGUUUACUUCGUUCGUUCAGAACAUGUACAACCUGGGAGCCCGAAGGAUUGCUGCGACAUCGCUGCCUCCUAUUGGUUGUUUGCCUGCUGCAAUAACAUUAUUUGGUGGCGGCAGCAAUAACUGUGUCGAUCGCCUGAACAGUGACGCAACCACCUUCAACAAGAAGCUUAGUGCAGCUGCAGAUGCUCUUAAGAGAAGCCACUCUGAUCUCAAACUUAUCAUAUUUGAUGUCUACAAUCCCUUGUUGGACCUCAUCAAGAACCCUGGGAACAAUGGUUUCUUCGAGGCACGAAAGGCGUGCUGCGGAACUGGUACCAUUGAGACAUCUCUUUUGUGCAACGCGAGGUCUCCGGGGACUUGCGCUAAUGCCACCGGAUAUGUUUUCUGGGACAGCUUCCACCCUUCAGAGGCGGCCAACAAGAUUUUGGCUGAUGCAUUACUGCUUCAGGGCAUAGAACUCAUCUCCUAGAUAGUCUUGGUAUAGUUUCCAAGCAUCCUUUUCCUUGUAAUAAGUUAUUAUGCAUCAAUGAACUCUGGAAAGAUGAGCAUGCGGUAGAGAAAAGAAGGCUCUGAAAAAUGUAUGCAUGGAUGAGGAAUGAUGAAAUGUGUAAUUGGUUAAUUACUUGGGGGCUGAUUGGAAUCACUUUUGAUUUAUU